GGGCGAGCUUCGGUGCUGGAACGAGCUCUGGGUGCUGCUCGCGCAGCUCUCAGCGGCCGUCUCAGAGCCACUUGUUCUUUACCCCGACCCUGCUGGCAGCAGGCAGACGGGACAUCCCAGAGAGGCGCGUGCAGCAGCACAGCGUGACACCUGCUGCUGCUGCAGCGACAGUGCUGGGGAGCGCGCUGCCAUCUCCCGCUCCCCAUAGCCCACCACAACUGGUGGAAGCAUGGAGGCAGCAUUAGACACCCGCUGCCCCGUGUGCCUGGACAACUGGGACAGCGCGGCAUAUGCCAUGCCGUGCUGCCACCAGUUCUGCUUCCCCUGCAUCCAGCGGUGGACUAGCACCAGGCCCCAGUGUCCGCUUUGCAAACAGGGUGUGCAGUCCAUCAUCCACACCGUGCGAGCGGACAACGACUACCAGGAGCUGGUCCUCAGACCAGCAGCCGCGGCAUCCGUUGCCACACCGAGCCCCGCAGGCUCCCAGGAAGCCCGACCAUGGCCUGGAGUGCCCAGGCGUCCUGCAGGCGGCUUCUCCCCUACCACCUGGGCUUCCCUCUUCAGGGAGCACCCGGCCCUGCUGCGGCCCCUGCGCUCCUGGCUGCAACGGAAGCUGCGCCGCAUCCUGGGCCCCGAGGAGCCACAGGCAGAUACACUGGCAAACAGUGUCAUCUCAGCCCUGCUCCUCGUUGGCUUGGAUCAGGAGAUCCUGAUAGAAAUGCUGGAUCUCAACCUGCACGGCCAAACAGGGAACUUUGUAAGGCAGUUCAUCGCCUUCACCGUGCAGAGGUGCGGCAGGGAGGCUCACCGCUUGCUGGGCCUCAACGUCACCCCUGCUGCCGGGGCACAGGACACCAACCCGGCAUCAGAGCCCAGAGCUGCCCCACAACAGGACACUCCUGUCCCUGGCCCAGCACCCUCAGGCAUCCCUGCCAGCUCCAACAGGGACGAAAUGCUGGGCAGGACAGGACAAGACCUCCAUGGGCGUCCCAGCCACCCACAUUCCAACCCUGCAGCGGACAGCACGGAGCAGGCAGUGCCCCGCGAGGAGCCAGGACAGCCUGUGGCAGGGCCCUCUGGCCAUAGCCUUCCUCAGCAGCCCCGGAGAGCUCCGAAGAGGAAGGCGAGUGACUGCCAGGCCUCAGCAUCACCAAAGAAGAGGCCACCCCGCCGGCAGCAAUAGAAGAGCGGCGCAGCUGAUGAGGCUGGGGCCGGGCAGCAGCUGGGACACACACCGGCCCCAACGGACCCUUGCCAUCAGUGUCCAAUGUCACCAGUCAAAUAAACUAGAAAGAAAGACCGCAAAAAUACGUGUUGGUAUUGCUAACGGCACAGCGGUUGUUGCU